AUACGGAAGACAGCUCCAGGAACUCGGGGACCCACGGCAGAUUCCUCCGGUGGAACCAAGGGCCCUUCCGUACUUAAAAACCACCACCUGUGGAAGGAAGAGCACGGAGAAUGGUGUCGAUUUCCUAAAACAGAAAACUGAGGCUGAGCGAGGGGUUGCGACAGCGCGAAGCGAGGUAGUAGCAGAGCCAGCCCUCGAACCCAGGUAAGACCCUGAACUCCCAGCCCGGGCUCUUUCUCACCCCCGAACCACAGUGGGAUGCACGGAGGCUGGCGUCUCCGAGACCCGCGUCUUGCCACCUGGCGCCGGAGCCGCCGCUCCCGAGGGUCCCAGAAGAGAGAGAGAGAGCGCGCACGCAACUGCUUAAACCGACAGCCACCAGCAGCCACUGCCUUCUAUCCUGCAGCUGUGUCCGCUCCGUCGUCUUAUAGGCUCCCGGCACUUCCGGUCGCGCGCGAGGCCCUCUGGGAAGUGAAGUCCAGAGGUGCGGGGUGGCUAGUUUCCGGCGCCAAGGUGCCGACCCCCAACUCCUGUUCUUCCACGGGCUUUUCUUCCCUAAGCCGGGGAUUCCAGGGGCCGAGAACGCUGUCACCGGCCUCAUCCCCAGUCCCUCGAUUCCGUGGAAGCGGAAAUAUUUGGGCCGACACGAAGCCUCCGGUUAGGGGCUGACCCUUGGCAAGGCCGCGCGCGGGAUGGGCGGCCAUGGCCGGCAGCCUGGAGCUCUGAAUCAGGGCGCGGCCAAGCUGGAAAGGCCAGGGGAUGGGCAGGCCCAGGAACGCGGGGGCCCAGACAUGGCGGCCGGGCGAGCCAUCGAGCAGGGAAAAGAAAGCCGAGAACGAGCGAGUAGCUCGGCGCGACGGAGUCCAUGUCUGCCAUCUACUUCCGGAAGUUAAAACCGGUUUCCGGAAGUCAGGACGGCGUCCCCAUGACAACCGACGUUGGGCCUCUGAGGUGAGAGUGCUUGAUGAAGGGUGGGUGGAGUGGGCAGAAGUCGGAAUUUCUGUUGUUAAUUUAUUGGUUUUAGUUUUUUGCUAAGACCGCUCUAUUUUAAAGUGGAUUAGGAAGGGAGAGGAAACUGCUCAGGGGACAAAGGGAACGUGGCAGAUAGUGGUGGACAAACAGCCAAGACCGCUUCGUUAUCUCGCCAGGCACCGCUCCCCUAAGCCUUGGAGGUGGUCAUUCUUCCCGUAGAGGUGGAGGGCCUUAUCUUAGAGUAAGGGAAACAGCUCUGAUUCUGAGGAACUACAGCUUCUCUCUCAGUGCCUGGAAGAGGCCAGCAGCUGUUUUCUGGGCAACUGUGGAAUGUGCCCUUGGGGGCCCAGGAGAGCAGAAGGAAGAUGCUCCAGACCAGUAACUAUAGCCUGGUGCUCUCCCUGCAGUUCCUGCUGCUCUCCUAUGACCUGUUUGUCAAUUCCUUCUCGGAACUGCUCCGAAUGGCUCCCGUCAUACAGCUGGUGCUUUUCAUCAUCCAGGAUAUUGCGAUCCUCUUCAACAUCAUCAUCAUUUUCCUCAUGUUCUUCAACACCUUCGUCUUCCAGGCUGGCCUGGUCAGUCUCCUCUUCCACAAGUUCAAAGGGACCAUCAUCCUGACAGCUGUGUACUUCGCCCUCAGUAUCUCCUUUCAUGUCUGGGUCAUGAACUUACGCUGGAAAAACUCCAACCGCUUUGUCUGGACAGACGGGCUUCAGACGUUAUUCGUAUUCCAGAGACUAGCCGCAGUGCUGUACUGUUACUUCUACAAACGGACAGCUGUGAGACUGGGCGACCCUCGCUUCUACCAGGACUCUUUAUGGCUGCGCAAGGAGUUCAUGCAAGUCCGAAGGUGACCGCUCUGUCACACCGACGGGGGAUGCCUUUCCUUCCUGACAGAAGCCAUGUUUGCAGCUCUGCAGAGGGGGUGGUCGGCCCUGCACGCUAGGAGGCAGCUUGACAUCCCACAGGUCAGGCCCAGGCCAGUUGUGUUCAGCAGCUGAGAAGGAAGCGCCUCCCUCUAGCAUAUUAAAGCAUCCCUGGCACAGACGCCAGCACAUCAGCCUUUCCUGGCCUCCUGCCGCAGGCGGGCCCUUCCCCUCUGCGGCACACAGGGCUCUGGGCCUUUAGCCUGGGCAGGCUUUUCUGAGCCCCUGUGCUCUUGGCCCCACACAGUGACAGAGGCUGUACAAGGGGACGACUGUGCUCCUGACUGGUCACCCCCCCAGACAUUUAGAUUUUAUAUGUAACAUUUUAUAAAUAGGAAAUCAGUUCUUUUCCAUAAAUGAUGGCAUGUCUGCCUCACUAGAUCUCGUGGUGGUUAAGAGGCAUGCCUAGACCUAGCCUUCACAUCCACGUGGUUCAGUGGGCACAUUGAGCCGCAGAGCAGAUAUGGAUGUUUACUGAGUCCCGUUGUGAGUACAAGAUGUUUUUGCAGAAAUUCAAGAUGUUGUCUGAUGCCCCACCCCUGUCCAUAGAGUUCCAGACUUCUGUGUUUUCUUCAGUCUCUCCUCCUGCCAGAGCCCUCAUUGCCCUCAGAAGAGUAAAACUGUUCCCUAGGCUCUUUGGCGGAAGAAAUGGUUAAAAUUCAUGUGCCCAUAGUGUGUUUUCUAUGGCCAGAGCAGUGUUGUGUAACAAACCCAGCACUAAACUUCACUGGCCGAUAACAACAAAGAGUUCCGUGGCUCUUGAGUCUUGGGGUUCAGCUGAUCUGGCAGGGUUUGGGUAAUUUUUGCUGGGCUUGCUCACGAGUCUGGUCAGCUGUGGGUCAGCCAGGCAGCUGUGAUGAGAUCCUUGACUCUCAGCUAACCGAGGCGGGCCUUAGCUGGAAUGACUGGGCGGCUCGCUCUGCCUCACAUGACUCAUCCUCCAGCUGACUUGCCUGGUCUGCUUACAGGACAGUGGCAGAGAAGCAGAAGAACAAGCCCUAGGGUGCCAUCCCAGUUCAAGCCUCUGCUGGUAGUGUGUCUCUUAGACUCCCAUUGGUCAAAGUGAGUUAUGUGACUGAGCCCAAAAGCACUACAAAGUUUCUUGGCAAAAGACAGGGGUACUGGAAGGGCUGUGAAUUCAAUCAGUCUGCUCCACCAGGAAGUAGCUCUAUGAAACUCCUUAUUCAGAGAUACUUUAGCCCAGGGAUUGGCAGACUUUUCCGUAAAAGGCCAAAUAGGAAAUGUUUUAGCUUUUGAGAGUUGUGUGGUCUCUGUUUCAUUUUUCAGCUUCAGCAUUGUAGUUCAAAAGCAGCAGAGAUGAUACAUAAACGAAUGACGUGUGUCAUAAAAUAGUUUUGAUUUCUUUUAACCAUGUAAAAACGUAAAUUUAAUCUUAACCUGAGAACCAUACAAAA